AUGCCGUCUGGUUGGAAAAUAGUAUGUUGUAUCCUGCUGGGCAUUAUAUUUUCAUCGGCCCUUCUUGACCGUGCUAACUGUGAUGAGGUAACCCAAGAAAAGUAUGGGCCGGGUGGAGGUGGCGGUGGCGGUGGUGGACCAGGAGGAGGCUACGGUGAUGGUGGGCCAGGCGGAGGCUAUGGUGGUGGUGGAGGACGUGGUGAUCCAGGAGGAGGCUAUGGUGGUGGACAGGGUGGUGGUGGCCCAGGAGGAGGCUAUGCUGGUGGAGGAGGUGGUGGUGGCGUAGGUGGAGGUUACGGUGGUGGUGGUCUAGGAGGAGGCUAUGGUGGUGGUGGAGGGCAUGGUGGUCAAGGUGGAGGCUAUGGACCCGGUGGCGGCAGAAUGGGUGGUCCAGGAGGAGGCUAUGGUGGCGGUGGAGGACAUGGUGGUCAAGGUGGAGGCGGAAUGGGCGGUCCAGGAGGAGGUUAUGGUGGUGGUGGUGGACGUGGUGGCCCUGGCGGUGGCGGGUAUGGUGGUGGUGGUCCAGGCAACUGA